GCACACAACAGUCUCCUGAUGGCUCCUUUCGAGAGUUAGUAACUGCUCUCAUCGAUCAUCAACACAAUCCGCCCAGUGACAAUAAAAAAAACAAUUAAUUCCGCUUCAGACGUUGACAACAACUGCAGAGUCACAUCAAUCAAGCACCUCGGUACCUGUGAUCCUCAUAGGAUUAUGCCCGAGCAUGCUCCUUUGUCAAUGUCUGGUCAAUCUGACUCAAUUGCCUCUUCUCAACAAGAGCGAUCUCGGGCUUUUGAGCCAAGUGAUUUAGCUACUGCAAACGACGAGGCUCCAUUACGCCUCAACCCGGGAUUCACGCAACGUACCACUGUCUUGGAAAUACUGAAUGCAAGACAGCCACCUAGCUGUGAUGCUUGCAGGACGCGGAAGCUAGGGUGUUCAGGAAGGCCUUCAUCUAUAGAAAUUACGACAGAAGGCUUAGCGGCCUCUCCCUGUAACCACUGUCGCGAAUGGAAUCUGGAAUGUUCGUACACAUACAAGCGCAAACGCAGGGGACGUAAGAACAAGGCAGUUGAACAGUUAGCCGUCCAGCAGAAAGCAAGGAAGCUAUCCCAAGCUACGAGGCCCUCUGCGACAACACAAUUGGACGAUCAAGCAGGGGAUGCCAGAGAUCAUGCAGAAUCCUCGAGCGUUGGCUAUCCAAUAGAUCAUAAUUUAUCUACACAAUACAAUUCAGUUUCUGUCGUAGGGCCCAGUAGUAAUAUCGGCACCUGCCAUCAACGACCACCCAAUCUGCCAUCUCAUGUUCAGGCGAGAGCUGAUCGUCCCAUCCCUUGGUAUUCACAUCCUAGCGUUCCCAGCCAAUCUGCAAUACUUGGGGAUAUAGGUCUCAAUAGAAGUACACUUACUUCUGACGACCGAGGUACAAACUCUCACAUUCAGCAGCCAGCCGUCCACUUGUCUAUUGAUCACCAUGAGAACAUUGCAGAGGCCCAUAUUACUCCUCCAGAUGUUGGUGCUUCUCCAUACCAUGGUGUAUCACCUUCGACUACCCUCUCUAACGUUUCGCUACCGAUAUCCACAAAUAUCGAGUCAGUUUUGCCUCGACACUUGGCUUUGCAUAUCAUCAGUUUGUACUUUGAACAUGUAUACUGCAUCAUCCCCGUCAUCCAUUACCCAUCCUUCGAAAAGGAUCUUUCCGCUUAUGAAGAGCUGAGAAGGCCCACAUUUUUCGCGUUGAUCAUGUCAAUCAUUGCAGCUACCCUUAUUCACCUGCCAAAAUCAUACUUCCCAAUUCCAGCGCACAAGGUGCGGUCCUUAUCAGAUCGGUGCCUCAAGGCUUGCUGCGCUGUGACGAAGAGCGAAAUGGACAACUGCGACGUCGACCUAAUCUGCAUAAAGUACUUUCUAUUUGUCGUGCAUAAUAAACAUGGCAAUAUCGGUCUUGAAGCUUCGACAUUUGGAGAGGCACAAUACCUUGCUGUCACUAUGGGACUGCAUCGUGAAGAUACGUACUGUGAUUUGGAUCCCAUUAAUGCGGAGCGCGGACGACGAGUGUGGUUUUUGAUAUACAACGCAGAUAAGUUUGAAGCCGUGUCAAGGCAAAAACCCGUGCUGUUGCGUGUGGAUGAGUUUAUGGGGCCAGAAUCGACGGAAUUUCCAGCCGAGGUAGAUGACGAGUCCAUUACUUCGGAAGGUAUCCUUCCUAGUCGUACACCUGCGCCUCUGAUAGCAGGGUUCAAUACGCUUACACGUAUAGUCACUGUGCUUGGGGACAUAUUAAUAUCAGAGAGAGACCUCCGCCGCCAACAGAUCACAGAUCCGGAGAACCUUCUUUCGGCAUUGAGAGAGAUGCGCAAACUAGGGCAAAGGAUUCGUUACAUCUCGGACACCCUCCCCAGGCCCUUUCAACUUGAAGCGGACCAGGGAAACUCACUACCCGAACCUGGAUGGGAAGACGCAGUCAGAGGCGAGCUUGAUAUGUUUUUUUCGGACCCAUUGCCUCCAGAGACAGCGAAGGAUGGCUAUCUGGUGCUCAAAGGAAACAUACACGUGACUCUAGCGAUGACAAGGCUGCGUUUGAUCCUUCUUAGAGAAAACCUGCUAAACUGCAGUGGGCAACCGGGCACAUCCAGUAGGAAUGCGGCGGAGCUGGUAGCCGCUGAUAUAGGCGAAAACACAGUGAAUUGGAGGCAAUCCGUGUAUCAAGAUCUAUAUAAUGUUGUUCAUUGUCUUCCUAUCCGGGCACUGGCGGCAAAUGGACCAUCCCUUGUUACAAAGAUCCGAGUUGUGGCGGUCACCCUGUUGGAUACCUUACAGGCGCAGGAUGAAGCGAUAGAUCCAAACAUACAGGGAAUGACGACAUAUUUAUUAAGUUUUUUAGACAUUAUGUCUUCCAUUGAAAGCCAGUUUGCAGAUUGAAGGCAUUUUAUCCAUUAAAUAUUGCUUGAUUAUAGUGUUAUUUAUUUCCUAUUUGUACGGGAGCGUAAUUGUUGUAGCUAUUUGUUUGCCGUUCCCUGCGAUGCUAUUG